GCCAUAUUAUAAUCUGGAGAAAAGUUUAACAAUUCAUCUACGCUAUUUUUUUAUUUUGCUUGGAUCAUCAGAAUACCGCGUAAAUCACUGAGUCAGUAGCAUUGUUUCCGCAAACAUCACUCUCCUCCCCCGAACAACACUCCCUCGAAAUUGUUGAGCAACUGCUGUUUAAUCUUGAGUUCAAAUUCCAGAAAUUUCACAUUAGCAAUCAUUCUUCUUCGCAUCUCAUGAUCUGAAUAUUUAUUGGGUUAAUCUUAGAAUUAAGUAAAAAAGAUGAGAGCUCAAUCACAAAGCAAGCACCGACAUUCUAUUAUGCAUCUAGUUGGUUUACUUGUUUGUUUCUGUCUCUUCGUCUUCUUCAUCCAAUCUUCUAUCUUCAGCGGUGGUGGAAAGAUAGAACUUUUGAAUAAAUUGGAAGUUGAGAUUCUGUCUCAGUUUCAAAGCAAUGUCCAGCAAUGUGUGGCAAAGAGAGGGCUUGGACUUACAGUAGAUAUUAUUGAUCACUGCAAAUUGAAACUCAAGUAUCCUGAGGGCACAAACAGCACAUGGUAUAAUGUGCAAUUCAAGAAGAAGGAACCGCUAGAGUAUGACUAUGAUAUUUGUGAAGCACUUUUACUCUGGGAACAGUAUCGCAAUGUUACGACAGUGUUGACAAGAGAAUAUCUGGAUGUUCGCCCAGAUGGUUGGUUUGAUUAUGCAGCAAAAAGGAUAGCCCAAUUGGGAGAUAAAAAAUGCCACAACAAAUCUCUUUGUGAUGAACUUCUCAGUCCUAUCUUACCAGCCACACCUCCAUUUCAUCCCCGUCAAUUUGAAAGAUGUGCAGUUGUUGGAAAUUCUGGAGAUCUUUUAUUGACAGAGUUUGGUGAAGAGAUUGACAGUCAUGAUGCAGUGAUUAGAGAUAAUGAGGCUCCUGUUAAUGAGAAAUAUGCCAAGCACGUUGGUAGGAAGCGCACCUUGCGCCUAGGAGUUAGAGGCACUGCUCGCAACAUGAUCAACAUUCUGAAAGGGGCCCCUGAGGAAGUAUUUAUCAUCAAAAGUGUGACCCAUAGAGACUUCAAUGAGAUGAUAAAGAGUAUUGCAAAUCCAGUUUACUUGUUCCAAGGAAUUGUGCUGCGGAGAGGAGCCAAAGGGACAGGGAUGAAAUCUGUAGAGCUUGCGCUUUCAAUGUGUGAUAUCGUUGACAUAUAUGGUUUUACUGUUGACCCUGGGUAUAAGGAAUGGACUAGAUAUUUCUCGGAACCAAGAAAAGGUCACAACCCACUUCAAGGAAGGGCGUACUAUCAGCUACUCGAGUGCCUGGGGGUGAUAAGAAUACAUUCACCAAUGAGAGCUCAGAGGGAGGAGGACUGGUCAAGUAUACCAAGUCGAGAUGCAAUAAAGAGAGCUCACACUGCAGCUAUACGUUUAAAGCAGAGUGAGACAGGUCAGGUUGGUGACGAGGGGCAGUUCAGAAAUUGCAAGUUCUGGGGUGAGAAAGGGGCUGAUUACAACGGCCCAGUCUCUGGUUCUCCAGACAUGAGUGAAGUCAGAAAGAACUCUAACUACAGUAAGUGGGAAUUGAUGCCUUUUGAGAGCCUUAGAAAGGAAGCACAAGAAUACUACCAGCAAAUGGAAGGAGUUUCCUUGUAUAAGGUGGAUGGUAACAAGUUGGAUGAUCUUGUUUGUAUAAGACACACUUCAAAAUCUGCUGAAUAAUUGAUAUAGUAUUAAGCCUAGGAACUCUCUUUCUGAGCCACUUACUUACAUGCCAGUGGUUCUGCAGAUCUAGUAGUGAUUCUUUUUGGUUGUUGCAGUGUUUAGUGUGCCGAAAUGCAGUCCUUAAAUGAUCUUAACAGGUUUCUUGUGGCACUUCUCUUAGGGGAUGUUUGGUUCGCUCCAAGUUAUGGGUUCGCAAAUAUGGUAGCUGUUCGCCCCGUGUGGAAAUGUUUCCUUUGCUGAUGUCUGGGUAAAUUAUAGACUCUGGGAACAAAUUUUUACUCAUCUGAUUGCUGAUCUGUUCCUUGUAACGCGGAAAUAUUUCCGCUGCUGAUGUAUUAUUUUUUUCUCCACCCCCCUCCAAUUUGUUUUUUAUUUUUUUAUUUUUUACAUGUUAGUAAAAAGAGAUUAGUAUCUGUCAGGUUAUAGUACUUGGUUUCUGGUAUAUUUAUGUAAAAAUACAGAAAAAAAAAAAUUCUGGGAGAUGUAUGGUUCAGCAUUGUUAACCUUGCUGUUCUUAACUUCAUAUGAUGAUGAUGUCUCCUCUACUCUGAUCUCAGAAGUUACUCCUGACUCAGGUGACAAGAAAAAAUCAAUUAGGAAGGCGGACCAUGUAUGUUUACAAGACACUUCAUUCCAAAUUAGUUUUGACACUGGUUAUGACACAUA